CUCUCUCUCUCUCUCUCUCUCUCUCUCUCUCUCUCUCUCUCUCUCUCUUCAUCAAUCUCAAGCCAUGUGGGUUCCAUGCUUUUGCCUCCCCAAGGAAAUGCAACACAUCAAUCUUCUGCUGCUGAGUUUUGAUCUCUGGGCCUUCCACUUUUUGAGAUGUGGUUCUGAGCUUCAGAACACACAACACAACAACACUACAACACUGCACACAGAGCAUGUUCUGCUUUAGUUUUCUGCUUCAUGUCAGCAUACCCACCACUCAUUUGCUCUUAUGCCUAUUCAGUUCAAUCUUCCAAUGCUUCUUCCUUUCUGUUCUCUCUGAUUCCACUCUGAAAAAAACCAACUUUGGCAGCUGAAAACUCAUCUGGGUCAUGUAAAGUUUGAGCCCUUUUUAGGAACUUAAAAAGAAAAAAGGAAUAAUAGAAAAUGGAAUCUGGUGGAGCUAAUAACUUCUACUCAGUUGAUGAUGAGUUCAGAUUGGAUACCAAGUGGCUUAUUGAUCCUAAGCAUCUCUAUGUUGGGCCACGGAUUGGUGAAGGGGCUCAUGCCAAAGUCUAUGAGGGAAAAUACAAAGACCAGGCUGUUGCUAUCAAAAUUCUACACAAAGGAGAGACUCCGGAAGAUAUCGCCAAGCGAGAAGGCCGGUUCGCGAGGGAGGUCGCGAUGUUGUCUAGAGUGCAGCAUAAGAACUUGGUGAAGUUUAUUGGUGCAUGCAAGGAGCCUGUGAUGGUGAUAGUCACUGAGCUCUUGUUGGGAGGAACAUUGCGGAAGUAUUUGCUUAGCAUGCGACCGAAAUGCUUGGACAGACAUCUUGCCAUUGGUUUUGCGCUUGAUAUUGCGCGUGCCAUGGAGUGCCUGCAUUCCCAUGGGAUCAUCCACCGUGAUCUUAAACCCGAUAACUUGCUUUUGACCGAAGACCAAAAAAUAGUCAAGCUCGCAGAUUUCGGCUUAGCAAGAGAAGAAUCAUUAACUGAGAUGAUGACUGCAGAAACAGGAACUUACCGUUGGAUGGCUCCGGAGUUGUAUAGCACUGUCACACUGAGGCAGGGUGAGAAGAAGCAUUACAAUCAUAAAGUCGAUGCGUAUAGCUUCGCAAUCGUGUUGUGGGAGCUCAUACACAACAAAGUUCCUUUUGAAGGCAUGUCAAACCUCCAGGCAGCAUAUGCUGCAGCCUUCAAGAAUGUAAGACCAAGUGCAGAGAAUCUUCCUGAGCAAUUGGCCGAAAUCCUAACUUUGUGCUGGCAAGAGGAUCCAAACGCCCGACCAAACUUCACUCAGAUAAUCCAGAUGCUCCUGAAUUAUUUUUACACCAUUGCGCCGCCUGAACCCAUGAUUCCUUCAAGAAUAUUCACUUCCGAGAACACUGUCUUGCCACCAGAGUCACCCGGUACUAGGUCCUUGAUGGCAAAACGCGAUGACACUGGGGAUACACCAAGAGCAACAGAUGAAACCAGGCUUAAUAGUUUUCUUUGCUGCUUCAGCCAGUGUUAUUAACACCUGAAAAAAAAAAUCUUUAACAUAAAUAUGAGAGGGGGUGGGGGAAGGGGAGGAAUGUUAGAUAGAGUCAAGUCCAAAUAGAUCUUUUUGGUGACAGUAAAUGUUCAGAUUAUUACCUUUUGACAACAUUCGAGUACCAUUAGUUGGUUUUUCAUCUAUUCUUCCUUACAUAUUUUGACACAUAUGCAUGCAUAAAAUUA